AUGCAGCACCGGAAAAGGCAGCUUAGGGCAUACCGGGAAGCGCCCAUCUGUGCCGCUGACCUGAACGAACUCCUGACGGCCGUCCUUGGCAUCUUCUCCGAUGCUUCCUCUGAUAAGCCUUCUAAGUCGUCGUGGUUUUGGCGGUUGAUUUCCGAAGAGGACGAGGGAGAGCAGGAGGCGGGAGAGGGUGAGGGUGGGACUGAGGGGCUGCAGGGAAAGGCUGGAGGAGGAAGAUUGAGAGCAAAUGCGGAGGGCAAUGUUGAGGAUGCGGAGGGCAAUGUGGAGGAUGCGGAGGGCAAUGUGGAGGAUGCGGAGGGCAAUGUGGAGGAUGCGGAGGGCAAUGUGGAGGAUGCGGAGGGCAAUGUGGAGGAUGCGGAGGGCAAUGUGGAGGAUGCGGAGGGCAAUGUGGAGGAUGCGGAGGGCAAUGUGGAGGAUGCGGAGGGCAAUGUGGAGGAUGCGGAGGGCAAUGUGGAGGAUGCGGAGGGCAAUGUGGAGGAUGCGGAGGGCAAUGUGGAGGAUGCGGAGGGCAAUGUGGAGGAUGCGGAGGGCAAUGUGGAGGAUGCGGAGGGCAAUGUGGAGGAUGCGGAGGGCAAUGUGGAGGAUGCGGAGGGCAAUGUGGAGGAUGCGGAGGGCAAUGUGGAGGAUGCGGAGGACAAUGUGGAGGAUGCGGAGGACAAUGUGGAGGAUGCGGAGGACAAUGUGGAGGAUGCGGAGGACAAUGUGGAGGAUGCGGAGGACAAUGGCAGUGAAUCAAUAAGAGUUGCGAUGAUGACAUGA